CGGGUACUGAAGCCAGCAAGCUGAAACUACAGACGUGUAGGGAGGGCAGUCACAGCCGGGCGGCUCCUGUGUAGAGAAACACUGGUGGAGCAUGGCUGCGGCCUCGUUUACAAGAAACAAGUCAGUCUAUGUGAAAUCAUAGGACAACCACCUUUUGAAGAUGUCAAGCAACCUAAAUGAAGCGUUUUAACUUUUUGAGAAUCAAGCCUCCUCUCAUGCAAUGGAGAAAAUCAAUAACAUCUUAUAGCAUUUUUGCAACAAAAUCCAAAUGGGUUGUCUUUCAUUCUGACCAGGCUGCUUUUUGGUAUCUUAACCAGCUUGCAACUACAUCAUCUAUCGGUUAGUAUGGCUGUUUAGGACUGCUAGAAGUGUCAAUUGGAAAUGUUUUUGCCGACAGUGCUCCAGUUCCGCUCUCUUUUAAUGUAUUUUGCUUAACUGUCCAUAAUCUGUGGAAUUGUGCAGAUGCUAGAAAGGCAAAAUGUCUGGUUAUACAUUCAGCACAGCAAACUGACUGUCAAGUGCAGAAAUGAUGGCAACUCCUUUUGUACCUGUGCCUUUGCCUAUAGGUAGUUCAUCGUCUAACAUGGCAAGUAGAAGCCAGAGAAGUUCUUCCCUUGGAAGCACAUCAACAAGCUCAAACUCUUCAAAAGAGCCACCGGAGGACUCCAACCCUGUGAGAUACAAAAAGAUGAGUGUUCCUGAUCAUGUGAGCUGUACGUCCUCUGUUUGCAGCAGCCCAAUCAUUAGGACUAAGUUUGACUCAUCAGUAGAGUACUGCACGCAGCCAGUUGCUAAGCAUGGACAUAUCCCUGAACCUGUGGAGGUUGAAGAAAGACCCUCUACUCCAACAAUAUUGGGAUAUGAAGUCAUGGAAGAAAGAGCAAAGUUUACAGCGUUUUGUGAAACUUUGGAAGAAACCAAUUACAGACUUCAGAGGGACCUGGUUGAAAAACAGAUGGAACUUGAAGCACUAAAGAAGCUGUUAAAUGAGAAGCAGUUAUACAUAGAGGCACUAGAGAACAGAAUACAAGAAGUGACGGUAGGGCAAGGAACUGCACGCAGGCUUUCCCGUGAAGAGAGCGAGUGCAGUGGAGAGGUAGAAUCAUCUGCAAUAGAAGCAGAUCAGGCUGCUCCUACAGACAACUGUUCUUAUAGAGACAAUCAUGAAAAUUGCUGGGAUGAAUCUGUGCACGAAGAUGCUCUCCCGGAAAUUGAAGUAGCUGAAGUUGCUGAUCCUGAUGAAGACGUCCGUUUGCCAACAGGAAUACCGAACUUAUGAAUCAGGUCUCCUAGUACUCGUUAACUAUUUCCAUACAGUGACUUCGCCAUUGGAGAGCGCUCAUGUUCAAAUGAGGAAUAUUUACAGCUGUGAGAAGUUCUAAGGAAGGAGACUAAUUGCUGCUUUUCGAUCAGCCUUAUCAAAUUAGGGAAGCGGAACUGAAGCGGUUUGAAUCUAACAAUUUCAUAUAAAUGAAUGUACCUGUUAAUGUCUAACUGCUUGGGGAUUUGUAUCGUACCAUGCACUUUUCCGAAUUGUGGUGUUAAUGUUUAACGCUUCAUUGUCACAUUUUUCUUUUAAACACAUUGAGUCAAUUGUUUCAAGCUGUGGUUACUGCAUUCUGAAGAUUAUUUUCAUUAGGUUUGGCAUUUGCAAAAUUACAUAGCAGAUUUUCCCAUCUCAUCUGGCAGCAAAGAUUUAUAUAAAUUUCCUGAAAAUCCUGUACUUGUGAAAAGUGAUCAUCAAAUGGUGCUAUUGAAACAAUACACUACUACUCCGCAUAAAACAAGCUCAGUAAGAUAAUGUAUACCUACAAAACCUUAUUUUAACAUUGAAGGAUUAUAAGUUUAUUUUCAAUAUUUUAAUGGAUCCAUAUAAGAUUAGAGUUAACAAAUUACAAAGUAUUUAUAAAGUAGGAUUAAGUGACUUGACAUUUUUAUUUCUUAUCGGCAUGUAUUCAUAUAAGAAGCCGUUCUGAGGAAAGCCUUUCAUUGUCAUAGGUCAUUUCAAUGCAUCCUGUUUCAUACAGAGUUUGAAAGCACUAAGAGAAAUAGAAAUGUAUGGACAUUUUUUCUCUUAAAAUAUAUAUAAAUAUGGAGAAAGAGAGAAUUUAUGAUAAUAAUCUGUACCAUAUUUAGCUGGUCUUUUAUGGUAUUAAAUAAGCAAAUCAGUUCCAUUUUUUGUGUUUUUUGUUAGGACUGAUAUGUUACUUGACAGGUUAAAGGGAUAUUCCUGCCAAAAUUGGAAACCACAUGGGUGCAUUUGGGUAUUGAAAAGAAGCAAUUUUGUAAUAUACAUGCAUUAGCAAAAAUGUUUCUAAUAAAAACUAUAGCUGUUUCAAACAUGUAUUUAAGUAUGCACCGUGCACCAGCAUUUUAAACACGGCACUUGAACAGAGAGCCUAAGGUGCUUGUACCAUCUGGUAAUGACUCAAUUUGUUUAUUGCUGACAUAAUACAAGCGCCACUGAUUAUCUGAGCAGCUGCAUUAUUUAAAAUGUGGGGGCAGUGACAAUAUCUAGUUAUACUUCACAUGCAUGUGCAGAGAAAAAUGUUAACACUAACACAGAGAACUUUUACUAGAAGCAUUAUUGCCAAUACAUGUCUAUUGCAAAUAUGUUCCUAUUCAAAGAUGCAAUAAAUCAAUGUCCAUUUAAUUUUUGACUAGGAUGUCCCUUUAAAGAGCACAGACUUAAAUAGUAGUAGUUGUCUCGCAUGGCUGUUUUUAAUUAUUGCAAUUUCAAGUAAAGCAAAUCUUGUCUAAACAAACUUGAGCAACUUAUUGCUUCUGGUUUUUUUUGUUUUUAGACAUAAUUGUUGACAGCUUGAGGUAACAAAUGUCUGUUGUGAAAUGUAAUGUGCAUCCAUACGCUUAACAGCUGCAAAGCUUUUUAAUGUAGACAAAAUACUGUUGCUUUUGCUAGGCCUACACAACUGAAUAUUAUAUUGUUAGACUGGGAUUGAUUAUUCUGACAGCCGGUAUUGCCAAUGUAUAUGUGGCAGACAUUUUAGAUGAUCUCUCAUUUCUAUGACGUCAAAUUGUAGUGCAUACAUUUUAAACUGCUGCUAUUGUGAGCUCAAAUUAGCAAUAUUUGGAGAGUUUGAUUUACUAUCAGAUACUCUUUAGUAUGGGGAUAAAUUAGUAAUCUACUAAUGAAGAUUUGUUAAUGCAAUACAAAAAUAUACAUCUUUUAAAUUGACAAAAGACCAAAGGUCCAAAAUAUACUGUAAAAUUAAUAGAAAAGUAUUGAUUCAAGUUAAAGGUCAUUGUAUAUAAGCAGGAACAUCUUAUUCCAGAUUCUAUUUCUUCUGUAUAUACAAAUGUAUAAUAAACAGCAUAGUUAUACACCUGUUGAUAAACUGAGUAAAUAUGCAGAUAGAAGUUACUUCAAGUCAAUACAAUAGUAAAUAAUUGUUAUAAACCGUGUAUAAUAAUUGUGAUAACCAUUCUUACUGACUCUGGAUGGUGAAAGUUAUGCAAAGAACAGAAAGGGGCAAUUUUCUUCUUAUUUUGGUUGACCUAUAUUACAAGUGCAUAUGUUGGUCUCCAUUUGCCAAAUCCAGACCCAAGGUAUACCCACCAAUUUGUAUAAGCAGCCAGAUUAUGAAGUGUCAAGCAAUCUCCUUAGAUAGCAGGAAGGAAAUAUAAAAUGGGUCUUCAUAAUAAUAAUCCAUUUUUAUUUUACCUUGAAUUUUUUUUUGUUUUCAACAAUAAGUUUGAAAGCUGCUUUAAUUAAAACCAAUAUUUACUGAAGCAAAUUAUAGCAAGAUAUAGCGAGAUAAUUCAGUUCUGUUUUUAAAGUGAUAUAUAUAUAUAUUUUUUUGUGUGUAAUAUUUGUGUGGAGGGGGGGGUCUUCUUUUUUUAAACACAUUUCUACAUUGAGUUUAGUGAGAGAGACAAGUGUUUUUUACUUUUUUUUUUUUCAUCUCUUGCAUCUUACUUUUUUAUACACACUUGAAUGCAUCUACAAAUAUGUUUUUGUUAUUUAUUAACACUGAUAAAGCUUCUUUCUUAUUAUAGCUUUCUGUGUAAACAAUGCCAUUGACACUGUGCACUUGACAAAAAAUAAAUAAAAGAAAAUUUUACCCCCCCAAAA